AUGCUCCAACUACAUUCUUUACCUAGAAUCGGUAGUACAAUUCAAGUGUUAAAAAGGUUUCCUCAUGUGGCAAUCCCUGUAAGAAGCAAGGUAACUGAUGCAACUCCGGAUGAAAUACUACAUUUCCAGCAAUUGGCACCAACCUGGUGGGACACAAAUGGUUCUCAAAGGGUAUUGCAUAUGAUGAAUGUGGCAAGGCUUCACUUUAUUAGAAGAGUGUUAAACAAGCAGAUCACUAUUAAAGAUAGUGACACUUAUAUACCCGGGUUUGAUUAUAAGCAAUUUUUUCCAUACGACGUGUCUCAUGCUGUGGAAGAAGAAUGGGAUGAUAAGGUUAGAGAGCAACUUGACAAUUUGGCACUUAAUGUCCUCGAUGUUGGGUGUGGCGGUGGUAUUUUGGCUGAGUCAAUGGGGAGGAUGCCAUUUGUCAAUCAUGUUCAAGGCAUCGACUUGACUGAAGAUGUUAUUAAGGUUGCAAAGGAGCAUGCUAGACUGGACCCAAAUUUAAACGGUAAAGUAAGCUAUGAUACGUUAGCGGUUGAAGAUGUGAAGGGUAAAUAUGACAUUGUCACUUGUUUUGAAAUGUUAGAGCACGUUGAUAGACCUGGAGACAUCCUGAAGCAUGUGUGGUCAAGAUUGAAGCCUGAAGGUGUCUUAUUUCUGAGUACCAUCAACCGAGAGCCAAUUUCAUGGCUAGUCAACAUUUUUGUCGCUGAAAAUAUAUUGAAGAUGGUUCCGAAGGGAACUCAUCAUAUUUCAAAAUUCGUAAAUUCAUCAGAAAUCCUCGAAUGGUUCGAGAAGAGACAGAGACACAAAUUCAAAGUACUAGAUCUCAAAGGCAGUGCAUUUGUACCAACGAGAGGUUGGGUAGAACAUGAUUAUCCAAGAAUAGGAAACUACUUCAUGGCCAUCAAAAAACGGGUUAGCAAGCCAUGUCAUCUAUAUAAAAACUGUUCUUUACAUAAAACGCAUAUAUUCCAAAAUUAUUUAGUGACAGGAUGUAUAAUGACACAUUUUAGAUGA